CCAACCCACGCUCCCCUUGGAGGCGCAUCCACCGGCCUCCGCCACGGGGAGAGCGCAGCGGGAGGCGGAACGGCGCCGCGCGGUGGGCAGAGGUUGCCGGCCGCCGUUGGAGACCGCGGGCGAGCCGCCCGACUCGCCGGAGGGGACGUGCGCGACUGACUGGUGACUGGUGGUGGGUGAGAACAUCGCUUGGUCACUUCCUCAGAUCCAUUCGGGUCAAGCCAGUAUCUUUGUACAAUUGGCUGAAGAAACUGGUUUUAUCUUAGGAUGAAGUCUAAGGAAAAUGGGAGCAUUCAGAAGGCAGGAAAAGUUGAUCACUCCCAAAGAGGCAGACCAAACUGGGUUCUUGUUGCAGGAGGAGUUUUACUUAGCACACUGUCAGUCAGACUUGGGUGCAAAUUAAAGCAAAUGUUCGAUGCAAAGAAGCAAAACAGUAUGCCCAAAGUAAAAAGAAGGCCUGGGGCAUGUGAUCUGCACUCGAAUCUCUACCGGUUUAAUGACCAAACAAGCUGCUACUGUUGUAUGUCAGCGGUUGCAGAUGGAGUGGAAAUCAGGCAGGCUCCUGGGAGUCCUCUACCAAAAUCAACUGACCUCUCCCCUCUUCUUCUUGUGGAGAUACCAGGGCCAGAAUCAAGCAAAGAGAACAGUGGUGUCAUGUGGACAUCAUCACCUGAUCGGCUCGAAGAUCCUCGUAAACCAUUUCAGUACUCGAACAGUUCUGGCUCUCCCUGUUUUUCAGAAUCAGGUUCUGACAUCUAUAACAAGAGAGAGGUUAUACAGAAGCUGAGGCAGCAGCUGAAGAGACGUGAUGAGAUGAUUGCGGAGAUGCAAGCUCAGAUUGUUGAUCUUAAGAACUCUCUUGUUGUCCAGGUGACGCAGACCACCAAUUUGCAGUCUCAGUUGGAUGCUGCUAGCCGAGAGCUUUUUGAAUCUGAGAGAGAGAUUCAGCAUCUAAGGAAGAUCAUUGCAGACCAUUGUGUUGCGGAAGCACUCUCUCAUGAUAAGCCUUUGCAAGCUGGACAUUGGCAAUCAGAUGCUACCAAUGGGCAUGCUAAUGGCUAUGCUGAUAGCAGUGUUGAUGACCCUGAGCUGCAUUAUAUUGGUAUUGAGAAAAGGAAGGGAGAGGUAGAGAAGGUGGAAAUGCUCAAGCGGGAGGUCUGUGAUCUGAAGGAAGUUAUUGAAGGAAAGGAUUUCCUGAUUCAGAGCUACAAGGAGCAGAAGCUAGAGCUCUGUGGGAAGAUCAGAGAAUUGCAAGAAAAGCUCUCUGCACAAGUUCCCAACAUCUUGUAGGAUCUUCUGAAAGUUUUUAAUUAAGUUAGUCAUGGAGCAGAAGGGGUGGAGUUCUGCUUCACAUUAGGCCACGGAUUUUCUGGAGAAGGUCUCAGCACAUGGAACAUCUUGCUAGGAUCUUUGCAGGAUGUUUGGCUAUCUUCAUUUCUGUGUUGUUAGGUUGAUUCGCUUUCUUCAGUUUUUCUCCUUUGUUGCUUGUGCUGAAAGGGUCCCUCUUUUCCCAAUUGAUAGGCCUAGGUAGCUGAACUAAUGAUGAACUUGACACGUACGUGUUGUACAGGUUUCUGAUUUGCAAGCAAAGUUAUGCGAUGUGCCUCCAUUUAGCUCGGUAUGGUUGAGGGGAGUGUCGUUUUGGAAUGUAAAGAUGCUCUUGUUUUGCUGUGUCUUCUGUUUGACUUAGAGAACCUAAAAAAAUCUUACCUGAUUGAUAUUUAUUGGAAGUGCUUGGCUCGUUUUUCAUUU